UUCUUUUCGGUACAAGAAAUCAGUCUCUCUCUCGGACUUCGGUGCCGUCCUAACUCCUAAUUCCUAAAUAAAUUUAUCGAAAUUCGUUCUUCCCAAAAAUUGAAGGGACAUCCAUUCCUAGGAUUAUUCAAUCCACCAUGCUUCCAAUCCCACCAACUGGCUCCGAUGUGCUCUGCCUUCGACCUUCCUCGCCUUUUGUUAAUCCAAAUCCGUUGAGCUCACUUCGUCGAGCUCGCAGUGAGCGAAACCGAAGCUUCAUAGAGUUGCGUCAGAGAAACAGACGUCGAACUUGCGGCUGCGAUGGAUGGUUGGAGGGAGAUAAUCGAAUAUGGCAAAUGCUCUAUCUGAUUUGGCAUGGAGUUGUACGAAGCAGGAAGGGACGAAGAAGUGGCUGAGAGGCAAACUGCUCCCGCCACAGAAGAAAAUAUCUGGCGAAGGAGGUCAUCAGAUUCAGACUACUGGAAUUCUGGGACCCGUAGAAGACAAGAAGGUUAUGUAAUUCAGAAAGUGUCCCUCCAUUUAUUCUGGGGUUCUUUGUCCUAGUGGAAGGGCAAAAAUGGUUUUCAAGCUGAUUUUAUACACACACAAUGGCAAUUCAAAUUCAUCGCAGACAUAUUCUGAGGAAAUCAAUGGAUUAACGCGCCAGCAGAGGACGACUCCCUGUUGAAAAAAUAAUACUCAUGUAAUCUAAAAAAUAAGCCUCAUUUUAUAAUAUAAAUUAUAUUACAAACAAAAUCUAAAAUUUGCAAAAUUCUUCACAAUCCAUUCCCUCUCAUUUGUAUCUCCAUCAGCCCAAAAACCUCUCUAAAGUCCUUUGAAAAAGGAGUGGAAAUGCCUGGUUUUGCUUCUUAGUUAAUUCUUAGCAGCUUCAGACAACAAAAAAAGAAGCUUCUGAGCAGCUUCUUAACGCCCCGCCAACAAUAAACAACGGUUUCUUCUUUUUAUUAAACAUGCCUUCUCUGGUAAUCCUUCUGAUCCAGCGAUGGCUUCAAGUGAUUCACGUGUUCAAGCAGCCCAGCAAGCUAUUAAGUCAAUCGGCCUUGGAUUUGACCUUACCAAAGACAUAUCUUUCAACAACUGCAAGUUGGGUUCCAGUUUGAUAGUGAUCAAUGAAGAACAGAGCCAUAAUCUGGAGAUUCCGUGUGGGGUUUCAAUUCCAAACGUCCCUAUCUCUAUCAAGUGUGUUAGAGGUGAAUGUCUAAGAAUCCAGUCCGAUGUUCUCUCCCCGCGGCAGAUGAAGGAGCACUUCAACCAGGAAUUGAGCCUGGGAGGCACUGCUCCGGUGCCUGGGAAUUUCCUUGCCUCGUUUGGGCUAUCUGAUCGCUGGAUUGAGGAUUAUGGCGGCAUUAAAUCUCUUGCUUAUGAUGGGUGGUUCCUCAAAAGCUAUACUAUUGAACUAGAUAAUAAAAAUCGAGCAGAACUUGAGGAUCGUGUCAAAGAAGCUGUUCCAUCAACAUGGGACCCUGAUGCUUUGGCUAGGUUCAUAGAGGAGUUUGGAACUCAUGUUGUAGUUGGGGUGAGUAUGGGAGGAAAGGAUGUGUUAUAUUUGAGGCAAUCAUAUUCAUCGAACCUCCAACCUCCUGAGCUCCAAAAGCUUUUGAAGGAUAAAGCUGACAUGAGGUUUAUGGAUUCUGCAGAAAAUAGCUACCUGACUUCUGAAGAUAUACGUUACAAUGAAGAGGAUGUGAUUAUUAGAAGCUAUAGGAAGGGUGGAAGCACUGAAAAACUGAAUCAUAAGGAAUGGCUUCGUACUGUGGAUUCAGGGCCCGAUGUCAUCUCCAUGUUGCUUAUUCCAUUGAUUUACCUCGUGCCAUCCAGUGUUAGAUCAAUUGGAUUUCUGAGCCAUGCCAUGAAUCUAUAUCUUCGAUAUCAACCUCCAAUCAAAGGGCUUUCUCAGUUUUUAGGGUUUCAACUUCCAAAAGCCUGGGCUCCUUUGAUAGCCGACAUGGGUCUUGGAUCUAAUGGGAAGCACCAACUCAACACCUGGCUAAGCUUCAGUUUCUUUGGUCAUAAGCUUUACAUAGACACAUUUCCAGUCGAUGUGGGUAACAGACCCGUAGUAGGACUAAGGCUACAGUUGGAAGGCAGAAGAAGCAACCGCUUGGCAAUUCACUUGCAGCAUCUGGCUUCUCUACCAAAGUCCUUCCCACUUUCAGACAAUGAAAAUGCUUAUUUGUCAUGUAACUCUUAUAACUGCACAUUCCAUCAAAAAGUUUGGUGGAAUAGCCUUGCAUGUGUCUGCACUGCACCUGUAGAGUCAAAUGAUCCUCUCUCCAUAGUCACUGGGGCUCAGUUACAAGUUGAGAACAAGUGCCUCUUUCUACGCCUGCGCUUCUCCAAAAUACUCGGAUCUACUUUGCAGAGUGAACCAGAAUGGGAGCCCAAUCUCAGUAAGUUGAGCCACAAGUCAUUAGGAUUCUGUGGAUUAUUAUUCACUAGAGAGAAACGAAAGGGUCAUCCAAAGCCAGGCGAUGUGACUGUUUCGUCUGCCCUGUAUCCAACAGGGCCCCCAAUGCCGGUGUACCCACCGAAGCAUCUGAGGUUUGUUGACACGACGGAGAGGGUGAGAGGACCAGAAAAUUCACCGGGGUAUUGGGUUGUGUCUGGAGCCAGGCUUGCGGUGCACUAUGGGAAGAUAUAUCUGAUGGUCAAGUAUUCCCUCUUGAGCCUUGUUGGGCAGAGUAAUUAAUCUGAAGCAUUUUGUAAAUUGAUGUCAAAAACAUGUUGGAAGGAGAUGAUCAUUUGCCGUGGCAAAUGCUAUUUUAGACAUAGCAUU